GGUAGCGUUUUAUGCCGCAGAUAUGUAAAUUUGUAUAAAUGUUCACUAAUUGCAGCUCAUGUAAACAACGCAUAAGUAUUUUUAGAACAUAAACAUUGUAAAUAAUAUCGUAAACAUCAUAUACAAACUUAAAGGUAUAAACUUGUUUAAAACUCGUACUUGUCAACUUAUCAAUUAUUACAAGCUGUACAAUGGCUAUGGCUAUGAGGAAACGUAGCGGUUCCGGCUCUAAACGGCACCUGAAGGAGAAGGUGGUCCAGAUAUAUGAAUCGUUCUUCAGAGGAGAAGACCUGACGAGCGAUAGUCCAACUUUUUGGGAUGAGUUCUUCCUUUUGAAGCCGAAAAUUCCGCAGUUGGAAGGAGAGAUAAACAAACUGUCUGUUAAGGAGCAGCUGCUCAAUAUGAAAGACAACAUGAACCUGCUUGUGGCUCAAUGUAUUGAAAUGUUGGGCCAAGAGCACCAUAUCAGAUUAGUGUAUGCACUUCAGACACUAAGUGCUCUGUUGAUGACCAUGUAUCAGCGGCUGGGCGCAGAGCCAAACAAUCUGAAAACUAUUCUUAUUGGGUCAGAGAAUGCAGAUGCCAAGAUGCAGAAGCUGCUGGAACAUUGCAGUUCAACUUUGUCAGGUGAUGUCCCGGAAAGCUUGAAGUCUAUGGUUCUAAAGCUUCUGCUCAUAAUCGCGACAGGCAUAGACAACAUAGAUGACAAUCCUCUUGUAGAGUAUGUGAUGAUAAACUCAUUAUUCGAGCCUCUGAUGCAGUUGCUGUGCACUUCUACAGAGAGGCAACAACAUGGAUACGAUGUGGUAAUGCUGCUCAUGUUUCUGGUGAGCUACAAAAAGCAGGAGUCUACUAAUCCCUACGUAGUCAAGCUGUCUAUACUUGAUGAUGAACUGGCAUUGAAUGGCUACGGCCAAGUGAUAACGGCAGCGCUGAACGAUUUCGUAAUGUCUGUGUUCGGAGGCAUGCAAGGGAAUACAGGGGGCGGGUGGCUUUCCUCCCUCACUAGUAUGGUGGGCGGGAUAUUCCUCACUAGUGACGACACUCAGCCGGUCGUGAGGGGACAGAGGAACAGCGGUGGCGAGGAAGGCAUGCUGCUAGCUCUCUACGAGGCGGCGCACCUCAACCGCAACUUCAUGACGACGCUCGCGCACUCCUCCGCCGCCGCCUCCGCGCCGCCCUCGCCCCCCGCCACUCUUCCCCCUCAACAGACUCCACCUAAUCCAGCACAGAUCCAAGCUUUAGACAACGAACAGCCUACUAACCUGCUCGUGACUUUCUUCCAAUACUGUUCAAUAGUGAUGGCGGACACGAAGACUGAGAGCAGCGUUAACAAAUGCAGCCUUUGCUUCAUCACGCUCACUUGCAUCGUCGAGGAGCAGUUCGCCAACUCCAUCAUGCACGACCAGAAUCUUACUUUUAAGGUACAAUUAUAUAGACUGCCAAUGCGGCACAGGAAAAUAGUUCCUGAGGAGCCACCGUCCCAACCACUAGCAUCUACUUUAAUAGAUCUCCUAGUAGAAUUCAUGAUGUGCCACCUAUUGAAGAAGUUCCCCGGUGAACUGUACGAGCUUUGCGUGGGUGUACUACUCCGCCUACUUAGCUACCAGAAACGCUGUCGAGUACGCUUAGCAAGAGACUGGAGACCGCUUUGGGCGGCCCUUAUAGCACUGUUAAAGUUUUUAGUGACCAAUGAGAGUACACUCCUUAGGAGACACAAUAUCUUCAUUAUGGCGCAGCAAGUGGUAAACAUCUUCAACCUGUUCAUCACGUUCGGAGACACAUUCCUGCCAACACCCGCGUCCUACGAUCAGCUGUAUUACGAGCUUAUAAGGAUGCACCAAGUUUUCGACAAUUUGUUUUUCAUGGCACUUCGCUACUCCACCGGCGAUGGUGAAUUCAAAGCAGAAGCUCUACGGCUAGCCAACUGCUUAGUAAACGUGCGUGCCAUCAUACAACACUUCUCGCCCAAGAUCGAGUCCUGGCUCAACUCGCAGAGCCUGUCCACACCCACCGAAGAUCAGAUUCUAGAGGUAGUCCGCAAGAACUACGACAGCCUGAUCCUGAAACUGCAGGAGGGUUUGGAGUGCUACACGCGGUAUUGCGAGCGGUCGCACCGCGCGUUGCUCGCUCGUAUGCUGCCUGUGGCCGCCGCGCACGCGCGACACACUAGCGACGCGGCGCAACUGCAUCGACACACUGCUGCGGCUUUGGUGCAUUACACCGCUAUACAGUGAAACUUACCCAUACUUUAGUAAAACUACGAGCAGGAAAGUUGUUGCCCGCGUGUUUUUGUUUGUGUCGGACGCACACACGCGACACACCAGCGACGCGGCGCAACUGCAUCGACACACUGCUGCGGCUCUGGUGCAUUACACCGCUAUACAGUGAGACGUACCUAUACUUACUAUAGUAAAACUACGAGCAGGAAAGUUGUUACCCGCGUGUUUUUUGUUUGUGGCGGACGCACACGCGCGACAUACUAGCGACGCGGCGCAACUACACCGACAUAUGCUGAGGCUCUGGUGCAUUACACCGCUAUUCAGUGAAAUUUAGUUGUUACUAUUGUAAUACUGUGAGCUGGCAACGUGUUGCUCGCGCGUAUUUUGUUUUGGCGGGCACACGCGUGACACACUAG